UCUCUCUCUCUCUCUCUCUCUCGAGGUUUUUGUGGAUUAGCCAUGUCUGAAGAAGGAGGAGGAGGGUUGUGGGAUAACCAGUCAUGGGCUUUUUCGAAUUCGGAGAAUUCGGGUGGGAGUGAAGAGAAAUCGGGGAAGAAGGUGCAAGGGUCUAGCUCGAAUGGCCCGGCGGAGAUGGGAGAAGAAGGGGCGGCGGCGGUGCCACAGCCGAGUAAGAAGCGGGGCCGAGGUGGUGCAAGCAAAAAUGGGAAAGGGAAGGAAGAAGGAAAAGGAGGAGGUGGAGGUGGUGAAUCUGAUCAUGAGAUACAUAUAUGGACUGAGAGAGAGAGGAGGAAGAAGAUGAGGAACAUGUUUGCUAAUCUUCAUGCUUUGCUUCCUCAACUUCCUGCUAAGGCUGACAAGUCCACCAUCGUGGAUGAAGCCAUAAACUACAUAAAAACCCUACAACACACUCUCCAGAAGCUACAAAGACAGAAGCUAGAGAGGCUCCAAGGUGGAGCAACUUUUGGAUAUGAGCUGCAGCCAUCGCUCAUUACCUCACAAAAGCUCUCAUCAUACAACUCGAGGGAGGCAUUCUUAGCUGAUCAAGGAUCUUCAAAUAACUUGUCAAUUAAUAUUGCAGCAACAACCUCCUCAAAUUCACUUUCACUCUUGCAAUAUCCUGCAAUCUUUCAAACAUGGACUUCUUCCAAUGUUGUCCUCAACAUUUGUGGUGAUGAAGCACAGAUUAGUGUCUGCUCUCCUAAAAGGCCUGGCCUCUUGACCACCAUCUGCUAUGUGUUGGAGAAGUAUAAAAUAGAUGUGGUUUCUGCUCAUAUUAUCUCAGAUAAUUGUAAUCGGAGCAUCUACAUGAUUCAAGCACAUGUAAGUGGAGCUUCAGAUCAGUUCCAAGAGGCAGCAUUUCCUGUGGAAGAAAUAUACAAGCAAGCUGCAGGAGAGAUAAUGUUAUGUGUCUCCCCUUGAUCAUCCAUGGAAACCCAACACAGAAGAUUUUCAUCUGGUGGUGAGUGAUUAAUUUGCAGCAGCCAAACAGCCUUCAUAGUUAUAUAUAGCUAGAGCUCCAAACAAGCUGUAUGCAU